AGAGAGAGACCACAUCUGGAGGAAAAUAAAGAAUCAUCAUCUAAUGUCCUCCGCCCUCUGUCUUAUUCUCCUCCCUCUCCCUCCGUCUCUUUUUCUGACUGAGGAAGGAGCCGGGAGACAGUAGACAGGCGUCGUAAGCAAACGAUGCUCCUCUGAAAUGUAUUUAUUUUAGAACGCUUUUGUCGCAACUUGACACAAUUCUAUAUUUCCUGACAAUUUAUCCUAAAAGCGACAGUUUGCGUUUUGGGGUCUAAGUGUAGCCCUGCCGUGUCCUCCGUGAGUUGGAAUCGGUCGACGGGAUCCGGGAGUGUUUUUGAUGAAGACACUGGUUCGGCGUUAAACGGACCGCGCGCGCUUCGAGUCGUCACGUAUCUCGGAAUCGGACCGAGCGUCUUUAUCGAGGUAAAACCGUCGCGCACAUCUGGACAAGACCAGCACCAGCACCAGCUGUAUCAGCUCACGUCCAGAAAAAGAUUAAGGGCUGGUGGAUCAAAGCCAUGCUGUCGCUGGACGAGCCCCUGGACUUGAAGAUACCCUCUGGCCGUGACAGGACACUCAGAACGUCCAUCUGUGCCCCACUGCACUUUUCUCGGGCUCGAAUAUCCCGCACAUUGCACAAGGCCAAAAGCCCUGAUGCAGCUGACAAGGACACGUCAGAUUCUUCAUCGUCUAUGGUGGUAGAUCUGAGUCUGUCUCCAUCUUCCUCUCCCUCACCACCCUCUCCCAUAGACAGUGGCGCUAGCUGGAGCCCCACAGCGCCUCUUCUGGCCUCAGAAUCCGAAAGCACCACGUACCACGAGGACAGCGCCUCUCCUCCUCCAGGAUUCCAGUUCUUUCUGCCAAUUGGUGCAGAGGGUCCCCUGCGCCUGCCCUCCUCGAUGCUGAUUGGUCAGCAUUCCCCUGAGCCCUCGAGUGACGAACAGCUGGCCUGCCGCUGGCUAAAAUGCCAUCUGCUGUUCGAGAGCCUGCAGGAUCUGGUGGACCAUGUGAAUGACUCGCACGUGAAACCAGAGAAGAAUUCAGGAUACUGCUGCCACUGGGAGGGCUGUGCGCGCAAGGGAAGAGGCUUUAAUGCCAGGUACAAGAUGCUGAUUCAUAUCCGUACUCAUACCAACGAGAAACCUCAUCACUGCCCUACCUGCCACAAGAGCUUUUCACGCUUGGAGAACCUGAAAAUACACACCCGAUCACACACAGGAGAGAAGCCCUACAUCUGUCCUUACGAAGGCUGCAAUAAGCGCUACUCGAACUCCAGCGACCGCUUCAAACACACGCGCACACACUAUGUGGAUAAACCCUACUGCUGCAAAAUGGUGGGCUGUCUGAAGCGCUACACCGACCCCAGCUCUCUCCGCAAACACAUCAAGGCCCACGGCCACGCCGUAGUGCAGGAACGCGCCGCCCCUCCCAGAACCAACAGGCUGGAAUCGGAUGGUGCCUCAUUGAUGGAUGGGCGACGGAUGGAUCAUUCUUACCCAGGAGCGGCUCGUUUCGUCUUACCGGGUGCGGCAACAACCUUAUUUGGGGCUCACGCCUUCGCCGGGGCCCUUAGCAAUCACCCCUUGGAUCUGUCCAGGCUCAGUCCGCUUUUAGGAGCCGGGCCGGUGCUGUACCCCAGCUCUGGUGCUCUUGGGCUUGGGAAGGUGCCUAUCCUGCACCCCUUGUUGUUGCCGCCAUUCGGGCUCGGCUUGGGUCAAGCUGAAAGAGCGGUUGAGGAAGAAGAUGAUGUUGAUGAUGAAGAUGAAGGCAGGAUGGGAGCAGGACGGGGCCCUCACUCAUGGGUCGUGAUUCCUCCGGGCAUGCUGUUCUUGAAACAGGUGGCGACCACAUAAAGAGACUCAUGGGCCUUGUUCACACUGCACACCAAUCUGAUUUGGAUUUCAAAUCGGAUUAUGGUGUCAUUUUACGAGCGCUGAAAUCAGUUAUGUUAUGUCCCAAAAAAAAAAUACUUGGAAAAAUGUUUGUUGAGAGUUUGGAUUUUGGAUUUUGAACUGUUCACGAAUUUGGUGUGAAUCCCAGUUUGUCUGUUUUCUGUUCACACUACAAAAACUAAACUGGUUUCAUAUACGCCAAAAAAUGCUAAACAAAACCUUAUGGGCCAUUCACACCAAUGACAAUAACUAUAAUGCUUUAAAUAAAUGAAAUGAUGAUGUUGGGUUCAAUUUCAGGAUGAUUUAUCAUUCCUGAGCUUGGGUAUUUAAAGAAACAAGCAAAAAAAAAAAAAAAAACUACAAUGUUUACUUACAAGGAACAGAAUGUUAUUCUGCGCUUAUGUAAAUGGUAAGAUAGUUACUGUUAUAAUUAUCUUUAUGGUUAUUGUUCCUGGUGUGAGCCAUUAGUCACUCACUUUAGUAUUUGCCAUUCAAUAGGAAAGAGUUGCUAGCUUUUAGGGAAAUUACAGAGUGUUUAAAUAGUCAAAGUUAAUUCAAAUAUUGAUUUUUUUUUUUCAGUACAUCCUGACACAGCGACCAAUAUUCAUGCACCAUCUGUGUGCAAUAUUAAUCAGUAUGUCAUAAAAGACGUCAGAACAUAUGCAAUGUGAUGUUGGUAAGAAAUUCCUAGAUGGUGAUGCUUCAUAAUUAUAGUAUGCUGAUUUAAGAGUCUUCUGGAGACUAUUUACAGUGACCAAACAGAGAACAGGAUGUGACAUUAAAGGCGUACAUACGACGCACAUCUUUAGAAUUAUACUGAAAAGCACCUGCUGUGAGCUAACAAAGAAACAUUAGCCUGUGUUCCACAAACAUAGGCCGGAUAUGUUCAUUUAUUAAAACAAAACAAAUAUAGAACACUAAAAUUAGAAGUCUUAUAUGUUACAUGUGGAUUUAGGCAUCAUUGUAAUGCAAGUAUGGAAAAAGAAGAUAUUCAUAUUGAGAUUACUUAUAAAAGUGUUAUUCAGUUUGUGGUCAAUGUUAAAUUAACGUUAAAUGAGCGUUAGAAAGUGAAGCCAAAUCUAAAUAAUAAAAAAAUAGGUUAAAAUGAGUAUGCACAAUUAAAUAUCUUUUAAAACGUUAAAAUCGAAAAAUCUUUUAUGGUCCAUAUCGUAGAAGUUGUUAAAGCAGAAUUUGAUACAAGUUAAGUACGUUUCUCACAACCAAAAAGUAACCAAUUUGGGACAUAUAGUUACAUACAAAGUUAAAUUUAAGCAAAGAUGUGCACCCUGAUUGCUGUAAGUAAUCAUCAGCUUGAGUUUCCAUUAUUAGCCAUUUAAUGGUGCCGCUUUAUGUUUUAUACGUGUUCAGUGACGAGACAUUGACUGUGUCAAAACUGUGUCAUAUGAUGACAUGAGUCCACUUGGACUCAACUAUUUGUUAUCCAUUAUUUAGUUCUGUGGCUAGUGGAUUGGUAAACCUUUAUGCAUGGCUGACCCGUUUCAUUUAAGUGUAAAAUCGGAGCCCGGGUUUGCAUCGGGAGCCGCAUAUGUAAUGUUGUAUAGCUCUGAUUUGAUAUCUGCCAUGCAUAAUGGAUAAAUGCUAAGACUAUGGCCUGUCACGGUCAGCUUGAGUAUUGUAAUGAACUAUAUUUGCACAGGAUAUUUUAUCGAAUUUUUACCAAAACAAAGUGCCUUAUAUUGUAAGGUUGUUAUUGACGAAAUACAAUGUAUGAGAUACAUUUGGAUGUAUAUUGUCAGUUCAUGUAUGUAUAUUUUACCAGAGUUUGUUCAAUAGGCUUCUAUCGUAAAUGUUUUCCUGACGUUGAGGCUAAUGCCUCUUGAAGUUGAGCUAAUGCUUAUGUGUCUUAACAUACCACAGGACGUCUGUCAAUGUGACCGGAAUGAAAUGUAUGAAAUACAGGACUAUGAUGCAUAAGUCCAAUAAAGAGUGCAAUGACUGAA